CGAUCAUAAUAUGUCAUAAUGCAUAGAAUAGAAGCCGAGUGGUACUUAUCAUCACCUCUAAUGUCUUAUCCUUCAUCGUAGACAGAAUUAAAUCUAACAUUCUUUCUUAUACAAAAGAAUAUUCAAUCGAUUAGUUCUUUGUUUAGAUCAAAUCAUAAUUGGACAUUGGUCUAUCGAGGAAAUCAGACAUUCUAUCAAUUAAUAUCAAAAUUUAUCGAAAAAAGUAAUUUAACUUAUCGACUUUAUGUCGGUAAUAGAUAUGGACGACAAGAAAAUAAUUAUACUGAAAUUACGAUCAAUAUUGACCCUAUUCAUCAUACAUAUUCAAAUAAUCAAAUUGUUAUUUUUACAAUUUUAAUUUCAAUUUUACUUCUUAUUCUUUUUGGUUUUCUAUUUUUUGGAUGUUAUUUACGAAAUAAAAAGCUCUAUGGCAAAUUAAAACAAAAAUAUUAUCAAAAUGGCGAUAUGUCUGAUAAAGAAUUAGAACAUUUAAGAUCAUUAACAUAUCCUAAUAAAUUAAAAGAUAAUAUACUUUAUACAUGGAAUCAUACACCAACUAAUGUUGAUUUAAAUAAAUUACCUAAAAUCGAACGAGCUUUAAUUAAACUUGAUCGUUUAAUUGGCAAAGGAGCAUUUGGUGAAGUUUAUGCUGGUACAAUGAUGAAUAAUAAAUUAGUAGCUAUAAAAACAUUAUUAAGUACAGCAUCAUCAUCACAACGUGUUGAUUUUCUUAAAGAAGCUAUAAUUAUGAAUCAAUUCAAUCAUAAACAUAUUAUACAUUUAUUAGGUGUUUGUUUUCUUGAUGAUUAUCAACCACAAUUUCUCGUUCUUGAAUUAAUGGAACAAGGUGAUUUACAAAAUUAUUUAAGACGUUCAAGACCAACGAAAGAUAAUAAUAAUCAAUGUCAAUUAUCCUAUGAAGAUUGUCUUGAUAUUGCAAAACAAAUAGCUGAUGGUGCUUGUUAUCUUGAACAAUAUUCAUAUGUUCAUAGAGAUUUAGCUGCACGAAAUUGUCUUGUAUCAUCAUUGGGAACAACAGAUGAGAAAAUAAUUGUUAAAAUCGGAGAUUUUGGUUUAGCAAGAAUGUUAACCCAACAAGAUUAUUAUAGAAAAAGUGGUGAAGCACUUUUACCUGUACGAUGGAUGGCACCAGAAUCAUUACUUGAUGCAUUAUUUACUUCACAUUCAGAUAUUUGGUCUUUUGGAAUUGUUUUGUGGGAAAUUAUAACACUUGGUCAAGUGCCAUAUUCACCAAUGAAUAAUCAACAAGUUAUUACAUUAAUUACAUCAACACGAGGAACCUUACAAAAACCAGUACAAUGUACACAAACUUUAUAUGAAUUAAUGAUCUUAUGUUGGCAUUAUAUACCUGAAAAUCGUAUCAAUUUUCGUGAUAUUCAUUCACGUUUGAAUGAAUUAUUAUUGGAUAAUAAUAAAGAACAACCAACCAUAUGGUUUUCUAAUGAAACAACAUCAGAAACGGCACGUGGCAUUCUUGAUUGUGUAUUAAAUCAUAUUGAACCACCAACAUCAUUAUCAUACGAAGGUUCCGAUGCUGGUGAAUGUCGUUCAUCAACAUCAGGUUGUUUUUCAUCAAUGACUGAAAGUAAUUCUCAGAUACAUCAUCAUCAACAUCAUCAUCAUCAUCAUCAUCAUCCAAAUCAAAAUACUUCAUCCUAUCAACUACGUUUAAUUGAUGAUACAACAAGUAAUGAUUAUGCUGAUGAAGAUGAUAAUGAUAAUCACAGUGACAUUAUUGUACGUUCUUUGUAA